GUAUGUCACUCCGUCUAUAUAUCUUUGGUUUGUCUUUUUAAUGUGAAAUGUAAACAACGAAAUAAAAUAAAAUAAUCAUCAAAUUAUUUUAUUUUAUCAAGCUAGUGUCACUUAGUCUUUUGUAAAAUAAACGUAUAAUCAUUUUAUUACUGUUUUAACAUAAAAUACCCGAGUAUUUGAGGUGGAUUGCAUAGAAGAAGUGCGAGUGUGAAUCAUCAUCGAAGGCUGAGCCUUUAUGGAAACAAGACGAACUUGAUUGUUGUUUUAGGAAUACAUUCAAGUAAGUAAAGAAGAUUGUCUAAUUAAGUAUAGAUCAUCCAUAAUGGAGUGGCUGUUUGGUCACCGGAUGACUCCAGACGAGAUGCUGCGCAAGAAUCAGCGCGCACUCAACAAGGCCAUGCGGGACCUGGACCGUGAGCGCAUGAAGAUGGACCAGCAGGAGAAGAAGGUCAUCGCAGACAUCAAGAAGCUAGCCAAAGAGGGACAGAUGGAUGCAGUAAAAAUAAUGGCAAAGGAUCUGGUGCGCACGCGGCGGUACGUGCGCAAGUUCAUGCUGAUGAAGGCCAACAUCCAGGCUGUGUCGCUCAAGAUCCAGACGCUGAAGUCGCAGAGCACCAUGGCGCAGGCCAUGCGCGGCGUCACGCGCGCCAUGGCCACCAUGAACCGCCAGCUCAACAUGCCGCAGAUACAGAAGAUCCUGCAGGAGUUCGAGAAGCAGUCGGAGAUCAUGGACAUGAAGGAGGAGAUGAUGAACGACUCCAUCGACGAGGCCAUGGAGGGGGACGCCGACGAGGAGGAGAGCGACGCGGUGGUGUCCCAGAUCCUGGACGAGCUGGGGCUGCAGCUCGGCGACCAGCUGGCGGGGCUGCCGCAGGCCUCCGGCUCCCUCUCCGUCGCCGGUGAGUAUACAGCGAAGUCAGCCCCGGGCGCGGUGCCGGCAGCCGCCGCCGCGCCCGACGCCGACGCCGAGCUGCAGUCGCGGCUCGACAACUUGCGCCGCGAGUGACCGCCCGCACCAGCCCGCUUUCUAAUUUCACAUGUGUACUAAGUUAUGUGUAUAGAAAUUCACAAAGAAGCCUAAUCCUUCCUGAAACUAGAAAUUCCCCACUCAACCACGUUUCACCUUCUUGCGUACAAUUCUUGCAAAUAUAUGUGAUCGACUGACACUUCCCGGUGGUUUUGUACUGUCGGCAGUUCCGUUGCUGAUAAAAGCCAUUGAUUUCGUGGCUCGUUUUGUUCAUCGUACCAGCGAGUACGUGUCUUCUCAGCGGCAAAUCCAGAGUCAAAGUCGAAUGGAACUCUCGAUAAAGUUUUAUAUUGCAUUCAUUAAUUUCGUUUUGGCUUCAUAUCUCCCGACGACUCCAGUGACGAUGAACAAUAUCUCCCGACGACUCCAGUGACGAUGAACAUUGGCAUUUAAAAGUGAAAUAUUGCGUCGGUUAAAGUUAGGCUUUAGUGUCCGCUCGACUCUGACACUGUGUAAUGUAAUGUACUAUUAGUAAGGAGUACGUGGAGUAGGUAACGCUCGAGAUUUGAAUAUUGUAAUUGGAAAUUUAUUAAAAAUUCUUGAAUUCGUCAAACUUUUCAUUUUACUAUUUGUUACGCACUACUCGUAGUUUCAAAUUAAAAUUGUAGUAGGUUCAAACCUCGUGGGUCUGGCCGAAAUAUAUUUUAAAUCUGCAAAAUUGUUUGCUUGGAGUCUUCUCACUCUUUUGCUUUUGUACAUAACUUGUAUGUAUACGUGAUAUAUUAUGGCGGCACACUGCGCACAUACAGACAGAUCUACAGUCUAUUUAUAAAGGGUAGAAAACGCAUUUUUAUAAGCUAUAUUUUUUGUCAUUGCAAUACCAAACCGAAUGGUCAAUAUUGGUUGAUAAACACCCAGUGUUGCCAGCCAAAAUGACAUUUUCUACUCUUUAAAGACAUUGUAUACCAACCUAACGUACGAUUGUAAAACAGCGUUGUAGACAAUCUUACAAUAAAAUAAAACUAGCUUGCUCGCUUCCUGAGCUUCUUUUGGAUAAAAAGUUGUCUGCUACCCUGUUAUUUUAUAUGAUACUAAUUUUGGAUUUCUAGCUUCAGAGGGGGAAUGUGUGAUGACUGUGUCUGUUGAUCUGCUGUUGUCUGUACAACGCUGAAGCGCUCGGCUGUGUUCGCCCGAUUGUUAUUGUAAUUAAGUUUAUUUAAGAAUAUUUUAAUAAAUAUUUUUUUAUAUAA